AUGAGCAUCAGAGAAGACCUCGUGACUAAUGCAGUGUCCUUUUUGAAGGACCCUCAAACGGUUUCUGCGCCUUUAGAUAAGAAGAUUGAGUUCUUAAAGAGUAAAUCUCUCACACAGGAGGAAAUUGAUGAAGCGUUGAAAAGAGCUAAUGGAGAGUCAAAUGAAGCAAGUACAAGUGAAAUUCAACCUAAAUCUAGUACAAGUCAAAGCCCAAGCCCAGCUAAUGAUUCAUCACAUUCAAUCACUUAUCCACCACAAUAUUAUACUGCACCUCCUCCACCUGUUCCUGAAAGAGAUUGGAAAGAUUAUUUCAUAAUGGCUACUGCUACUGCUGGUGUUGGUUAUGCUUUAUAUCAAAUUACUACAAGAUAUUUGAUCCCAAAUAUCUUGCCAGAAUCUAAAACCAAGUUAGAUCAGGAUAAACAGGCUAUUGAAGAAGAAUUCUUAAGAAUUGAAGCUUCAUUAAAAGAAAUUUCUGAAACUAAUAAAGAAUUAAAAGAUAAUGAAAAGGUUAAAAAUGAAGAAAUCUCUAAAACCAUUGAAUCUGUGGAGGAAGUUAUUCAUGAAACUAAAACCAAAAAUGAAAAAAUUGAAAGUGAUGUUAAAGUUUUAAAAUUAGAAAUUGAAAAUUUAAAAAAUUCAUUAGACAAAUCAAUUAAUAAACAACAAGAUUCAAUAUCAUUUGAAGUUUCUAAUUUACAAACUGAAUUAAAAUCAUUACAACAAUUAAUCAAAUCUAAGAAUAAUCAAUCAAUUUCAUCUUCAAAUUCAAAAUCACCAAUCCCUUCAGUUUCUUCAAUCCCAACAGCAAGUGAAAUUCUUAAAAAAGCGAACUUAUCAAAUGAAAGUUCCAAAACUCCAUCACAAUCAAAUUCACCAGAUUUAAACCAUGAUUCCAAACCAACAAUCCCAGCAUGGCAACAAUCUAGACAAACUCCAAUUAACAGUGGUAAUGGUAAUAAUAAUAAUUCUAUACCAGCAUGGCAACAAUCAUCAGCAGCUAAUGCUAAUGCCACAAACUCAAAUUCAUCAAUUCCAGCAUGGCAAAGAUCCACAAUUGAACAUUCAAACUCAAACUCUGACUCAGAUUUAAAUUCAACAGGGUAUAAUGAAAGAUCAACUGUUGAAAUUCCAAAAGAUCAAAAAUUUGAAGCAUGA